GUAUUUAUAUCAGAAUCAGAAAUCAGAGCUGCAUUCAAAGAUUCACAGCUGAAGGAAAAUGGCUUUAAAGCAUGCAAAUCUGCUGCCCCCGAAAACAACUAUGAAUUCCUCAAAUAGUAGCCUUAAAAUUGACAUUUUGUCAGAGGCUGUGUAUUCAUUGCUCUUCUCUUCAGCAAGGAGCUUCCCUAGACACAGUUCUGUGAACUGGAGUCUGCUUUCAGCAGCUUCCAGAGGCUGGAAGAGCAAAGGACUCUUGUCUAGAGCAACAGCAUGCCUACCAAAACCCUUACCUCGCUAGCUAGCCUCCAGAGCUGUGGAAGAGUAAACUGCUUUUGUGUUAGAUGACGCAGAAUGUAGCACUUUUGAUAAAGUAGCCCUAGAAAAGUAAAAAACAUUUUAAAAGUAAUAAUUGCAAUUUAAAUACAAUUUAACAGCUUACUGGCAGCAGAGAUACCAUACAUAAUAAAAUAGGUAGUUUUCCCGGGGCAAGAUUCAAAGGUUCUUUCAUCAUACCUAGCAUGUACUGACCCCUGCAAUUUCUACAAAUUUGGGAAAUAGGAUUGCAUAAUUUAUGGUAGCAGGAGCCUAUGUUCAUAUGAGCCCUCCCCUAAAAAUAAAAAUAAAAAAAAUUAAAAAAAAAAGAUGCUGGCCAAUGUGUACCACUACGAAAACAAAUUGUUUUAUUUAUUUAUAAAAAUCAUUUUCCAAGAGUGAGUCAUGCUUCAGUUGUAUGAUUGGUCAAUAAAAUUUUCCAAAUACUUUUCCUGUGUUGAUAAACAAUGUCCCUGAAGAAAGUUGAGUUCUUAAAACUUGAAAACCUUAUUUUCCUUGGCAAGAUUUUAUGUGUGUGCCUAUUGAUAGACGUUUACCUUAAUGGGUUAUAAACCUUUACUUUCCAAAUCUAGAAGACAUUCUGAUUAUUAAGGACCUGUAGUGGAGUGGGAAGGAUAUGACAGUCUGGUAACUUUAACACUAUAUAUAUAUAUUUUUUUUUCUUGAUCUAUGGGAAUUUUCAUACUCUGUUUUGUGGCGUUAACCAAAUCUUCACAUUUAGUGAAGAUCACCUAUGAAAUUCAUCACUGUUUAUUGAACAAGCAUUUUCACAUCUUGUGUGUUAAAGUUAGUAUCAUGUGUGGAAGGCCCUGGGAAAUGUCUAGUUUUAAUUUUUUCACUUGAGUAAUUUGUUGGCAAGAACUAAGCCUAGAAGGGAGACUGAUCCAGGGGAGGCUUUGAAUGUAGGAAACUGGAUUGCAGUGUAGCCAUGGCAGACAGGUAAAAUGAAGUGAAUGCCAGGAAAAGAACACGGAAUAACUUUACAGACGGCCGAAGCAGCACCUAAUCGUGUUUCUUUCUCUCAUGUUAGCGGCUGGAAAGGUUUAGUGUCAGAUGUGAGCUCCCAGCCUGUCAUUUCUCACUGUGGAGGGUUUCAGUCUGUAACGUCAUGUGCUACACUGAUCUAGUUGAUACUGAAACAUUGCUCCUAGUGACACUGAGUUAGGUUCCUACAAAACUGUUUUCACUCACAGUACAUAACCUCACUUUGUAUUUUCUUUUCGUUUAAAGACGUUGUUUAAUUCGAUAUGUAUUGCUGAUUGGCUCUCAUCGAACUGGUCAGUAACACUAAAACUCAUGCUGGAACAAUGCUUACUAAUGUGUUUUUCCUGCAAGACAGCAAAGCCUCCUUGCACUUGGGAAUAUCUAGGCAGCGGUUAUGCACUAUGCCUAGGAGCCAUUUUUAAAUUUUUUUAAUUGUUCGACAGUUUUGCAUAUUUAUGGCAUGAGCUUUAUUUCCUUUCACCCCUGCUGCCUGCCAUUCCUCCCUCUCUUAUCCCCCUUCCUAACGAACCCUUCCCACCAAGUCUUCCCUUUGUGCAAGGCCACUGCAUUUGAUUCGAGUUCCUAUCCCUUGAACAUGGGUGGGAGGUUACUCAGUGGAACAAGGGCCACUCAUCAAUGGCUUCAGCACUGAAGAAAAUGGCAUACCCUUCCUUAAGACAUGUUAAUUGCCAACAGUCAGCCCCAGAGACAGGAGCCUCUCACUCCCCAUCCAUGAUGACAUGUUAACAGGUCUAAUCUUAUAGAGAAAACCGCAACCACAGGGAGUCCACGAGUGGAACAGCCAUGUCAUGUUAAGGAAACAUCUUUUGCUGCACAUUCCGACCCUCUGGCUCUUUCUCCCUACCUCUCUUCUAUACUCCCGGAGCCUUAGAGAGAGAGAUAAAGCUGUCCCUUUUAGGGCCAAGCACUGGGCCAUUGCUUACCCACACAUUUUAAACAGGAAAUUACUAACAAAAGAUAUUUUUUUAUUUAAGUAAAUAAAAGGAGCAAUAAAUAGUGACUUUUGUUUACAUCAUAAGAAGUGAAAUAGGACAAUAAAGUUCUCCAAUAAACUUCACUGAAAAUGUGUGUCAGGAGACUUUUUUUUUAUUGUUCUUUGAACAUCUACAGAUAACUGCCACAACAUUACCAGGAUUGAUUUGGCAGUUACAAAUAAAUCUUACUUAGAAGGCAGCUGGUUAUCACAUGUGGAAUCUAGAAAUAAGAUUCUAUCUGCUGGACUAUAGUCUAUGUUUAUAAACUAAGCUUUCUCUUGGCUCUAUUCCUUUUGUAUCUUAUUUUCCAUUUGCCUGAAUUUUAAUUUCAAUUUAAUUGUUAUAUCUAUCUAUAUAGAUAUGUAUAGAUAUAUAUUUACCUGUGUUCAAAAUAUUAUUUCUCGGCAUUUAGGGGACGAUACAGCUAGCAGGUGGUUUCAUUUUAUCCUUCAUUUAAGAGACAGGAAGGAGUUCAGGACAAACCAAAGUUGACAUUUGUUGACAAGCAUUACAGUCCUCCAACAGCAGAGAGGCCUCCAGAGCCAGGGAGACCAUUGUCUCUAAAGGAGUUGGGGUUUUUAUUUGGCUUCAUGGGUCAAACCUAGUUAUUUCUCUUUCCUCCCUGUAUUCAUUGGUCCACAGGUGUCUGUAUUUCUCUUUUAUCACACACAACUUACACGGCAGGUGAUCGUAAGGGAAAUAACAAACCGGGAAGGCCCUCCCUUCUUGCUGCCAACAAGCUAUAUGAGACUAACUGGAACAGAACACACUUAAAUGUAGAAGUCCAGCUCUUACCAGUUCCCUGCUGGGGAUGAUCAGAAUAUAGUGGCUAUGUAGCCCCCUCUGAAAAGGAUUAGGUCUAGUGAUCUCUGUUUCCACAUAUUCACUGGUUUACCUACCCUGCAGCCUCCCUACCUUUCAUUUCCAUCCUCUUCAAAGGAAGCGUCGGCAUUAUACCAAAAGAAAUCAGCAUAUUCCAAGUAGCAUCCCGUGUUAAUAGGCAGAAAUUAAAUAUCUAUCUUCAAGUUUCUAGUUAGGUGCGGAAGUGCAAAACUUUGGAGACGAUGUUGGUGCUAAACUGCUCCACCAAAUUACUUACACUGGAGAAAAUGCUGAAGAGUCACUUUCCUGAAUCACUCAAGGUUUAUGGAGCGGUGAUGAACAUAAAUCGUGGAAAUCCCUUUCAAAAGGAAGUAGUAUUGGACUCAUGGCCAGACUUCAAAGCUGUCAUCACCCGGCGACAGAGAGAGGCUGAGACAGAUAACCUUGACCAUUACACUAAUGCAUACGCUGUGUUCUACAAGGAUGUCAGUGCUUACCAGCAGCUAUUGGAAGAUCGUGAUGUUAUUAACUGGGACCAAGUUUUUCAAAUACAAGGGCUGCAAAGUGAAUUAUAUGCUGUUUCCAAAGCCGUUGCCAAUGCAAAGCUGUUGGAUUUGGAUAUAAAGCUGACUUCCUUCAAGGCUGUCCAUUUUUCUCCUGUUUCAUCUGUGCCAGACCACGGUUUCCUAGCUGGGCCUUCCCCGAGACUGACCUACCUAAGUGUCUCAGAUGCUGAUCUCCUCAACCGGACUUGGUCACGUGGCGGCAACCAGCAGUGCCUCCGAUACUUAGCCAAACUCAUCGCCUGCUUUCCCAGCGUGUGUGUGCGUGAUGAGAAGGGAAACCCAGUGUCCUGGGGUAUCACAGACCAGUUUGCCACCAUGUGUCAUGGCUACACCCUACCUGACCAUCGCAGGAAAGGUUACAGCCGACUGGUGACCCUCACACUGGCCAGGAAGUUGCAAAGCCGUGGAUUCCCCUCCCAGGGAAACGUCCUGGACGACAACGUGGCCUCUAUAAACCUCCUAAAGAGUGUCCAUGCUGAGUUCUUGCCUUGUCGUUUCCACAGGCUUAUUCUCACCCCUGCGUCUUUCUCUAGACAAGCUCACCUUUAGCUCAGAGAAACUCCAAGAAUAUUCCACUUUCUCUGAGCAUAUACCCCCUUUAAAUGAAGUGUGAAUUAAACCAAGAGAAGCAUGUCAUUGAAAGGGGCCUGAAAAAAGUAUGCAAGAUCACCCCGAGAAACUGUUUCUGUCUUAGAUUUCCACCAUCAAGAACUCUGGGGGCUGGGGUCCCAGUAGGUGUGUCUCAGAAUAGAGGGUGUGUGUUAGGACCCACCGCAGGGAAGAAUUCUUUAAAGCCAGCCAUUCCUGGCCUAUGUUAGAAACGCCUGCAUGAGAAAGAGUGAUUUAAUGUGGGGCCAUUGGCCUCCUGCUCCACAGUCUCCAACCACGCCAGCCCCUCCUGCUGUAAAAUCCUCUUGGUCCCAGCUGGAUAUCUGAGCAACCUGUCUAAGCUCUUGGUAGGGGACCUGCCAUUUUCCCCUUCAGUGACUGACUGCUGGUGCAGAGAGUUAAGCUAUAGUUCUUCCCUGGGAGUGUUUGUGGGUAGUGGUUCUCACAGGUUCCUGUUUAUCAGAAUCACCAGGAGGAGAGGUUGCAGCACAGAGGUUGACCCCUCCCCUGUAGCUCCUGAUGCAGGGAGCACCUGGGCAGGGCCUGAGAAUUUGCUUUUCCCAGUGUUCCUUCUCAUUUGCCUUGGAUAGGUGAACAACUGUGAUCAGUAGACCAGACCUUAUCCAUGAUUGUUCCAGACCUUACCCAUGAACUGUACCUUAUCCAUGAACUGUUCCAGACCUGACCCAUGACUGUUGCAGACCUUACCCAUGACUGUUCCAGACACCUGGAUUAUAAUCUCCUUUUUCAUGAAAAUCUGAAAUUCACAUAUAGGUGUGUAUGAGGUUAUAAAAAUGGCAUAUAAGAUGUUACAUAGAUAUUUUCUGUAGGCAUUUUUAUAAUCCUAGAAGUUUGACAUUACAAUCAAUUUUAAUCCUCUUAUUAUAUUGAAGAAAUUUGAUAUCUAGAAACAAUAAAUGCUUCAAGAUUACAUUUAAUAUGGUCAGUACUGAAAAGCCAGAACUUUUUAAUUUUUAUUUUAGUUCUCAAAUAAUUAAAUUAAUGCUUUGUUAUUUUAUUGUUGUGAUUCUUUCUUAUGUUAUUUGGUCUCUGUGUGUAAAUCGGAGGACAAUGGGUAAGAGUUAAUUUCCUGUUCCCAUUAUGUGGGUUUCAGAGCUCACACUCAGGCUGUCAGACUCAGUGGCCAGCACCUUUACCUGAUAAGACAUCUCAGCUGCCCAUUCUCGUAAAUUUAAUUUCCACUAGUCUAGGCAUAUGUAUUUUUCAAGGUCUGUAAAGGAAAAGAUGAGCAUCAUGAGGAGAGCGGACAUAAAUGCAAUGGCUGAACUUAUGUAGAUUCAAUAAGGUUGACUUCACCAUAUAGAAACCACUGCCUCCCUAUCCCAUGGAACUUAAAAAUCCUAACAAUAAAAAUAAGGCAAAAUCCAAAGUAUUGGUGUUUAUUCUGAUAAAAGAAGACAAAUGGUUGAUGUACAGGAUAUGGUAAUAAUCAGACAUCUUGAGCAUGGAUUUAUUCUUAGGUGAUUCUUACCCAAUGGUUACCUAGAAACUCAUCCUUGGUACUAGAGGGAGAGAAGAGUCCAUAAAACUCUUGGGAGAACAUGAUCUAAUUUCUGCCCUUGGGAUGCUCAUUAACUUUAGCCCUGACUCAACAUGAGUAGCACCUGCCUCAGUCUUGGUGCUAUUUAUUAUUGCUUUGUUUCUUCCUAGUGAUAAUUGAUCUACCACUUAUUGAUAAGUACACCAAACACUGUAUGUACAUAAUGUAACCUUCGGGAUAGAACUGUUCUCUUACUGAAUUAGUGAGGUAAUGACUCACCAAAAAUUAUUCAAUGUGUAAGUGGCAAAAUCAUGACAUAAUCUGAAUCUGUUGCAUUGCAAAUUGUACACUUACACGGUGUUAUUAUUAGUUGUUAUUGUUCAGUUGGAACCUCCAGCUCACUCCUGCACAGUCGAGAAGCCCCAUCUUUCUCUCUCCAAACCCUGCCCUUUCAGAGAAUCGCCAACAAAGAAAAGGCUUCAAAAAGCCCAGUUCUAAAUUCUUGCAACAGCUUCUCCCCUGAAGUUGCCAGCAGCCCAAGCCCUCACCUAAAGUGUUCAGGUUUUGACCAUACUUGGGUACAAGCCCUGCUUGUGGUGGACACCCUUCACCUACAGGCUACUUAACCUCCCUGCUUUAGUUAGGGUGAGUGACUUCUCCUGCCUCUAUCUCUGGGAUUGGAGAACUCACCUGGGAGCUGCUUUGCUCAAAUAAACUUGUUCUUUUACUUUUUCAGUUUGGCUUGAUCUGGCUUACUGUGUCAGUGGAGAAGCAUAUUAUAGCAAUACAGAAAACCUGUUAGUUAUGUUCUUAAUUUUUCUUAUUUUUCAUAUUAAAAUAUAAUCCCAUCAUUUUCCCCUUCUCAUUUCUCCACAAAACCUUCUAGUUUACCCCAAACUCUCUUUCAAAAUCAUGACUUCUAUUGCUUUAACUGUAGUUAUACACACACUUUCCUAAAUAUAAAAAUGCAAUCUGCUCAGUCCAUAUAAUAUUAUUUGAUGUAUAUGAUUACAAACCUGAUGACUUAGUAUUGGUUAAUCAAUUGGGGGCUGCUCUUCCCUGAAGAAGACUAUUUCCCCCACUCUCAGCAUUCCAUACAUGCCUAUAGUUCUUUGUCUAAGGGUGGGGCCCCAUGCGAUUCCCCCACCCCCAGUCUAUUGGUGCUGUCCUUGUUCAGGUCUUGGUUAGGCAUCCAUGUUGGUGAGACAUCGUGGAUGUGGCUUCUCUGACAUUUCUAGGAGACACCAUCUCAUUCCUGCUCUUCUGGUUCUUAAAAUCCUUUUGCCCUCCUCUUCAGCAAUGUUCUCUGAGCCUUAAGUGAGGGGGCUGUGUUGUAGUUGUUAUAGUUUUAGAAGGAUGAGAACACCACUGGUAGCAAAAUGAAGAUGACCAUAGGCCAAUGUGAACAGCGAGGUUGUAGAAGAAAGGAUACUAACGUCUCUCUCCUGCUGCCUUCCAAGGUUUGGACUCUAUUUGCAUGCACCCUGCUUUUCCCUCAGACCUGAGAAAAAUUGUUUCAACAAGUGAUGGUUCUCCCCUUUGCUGUGAACACAAACUGAGAUGAUCCCUCACAGUUCCUUCUGGAACAAAGUUUCCUCUUCUAGUUGUUUUGAUUUGCAUCAUGUCAUUGAAACCCUCUAGAAAGGAUUCCAUUAUCUCCCUGUUUCCAAAAAUGUUUACCUCUAACAAUGGACCCCCAUUUUUUUGGGCAUUUUUCAGCUUCAUUGUCUGUAUAUAUAGGAAAUAAUUUUU